AUGAGGGAAAUCCAACCACAAUUCAAUCCAGGAGGGAUAGAAAAACAGUUCGGUCGAAGCAGAACUCAAUUGGCCCGAGUAAAAAAGGAGAUAUCACAUUCACAAUCACUCUCUCGGCCAGAAUCGACGAACCAAGCGACAAUGCUCGACCAUCUCCCAAACGGCACGACCGAAGUCCACCAAACUUCACAGGCGACCUCAAAACAUCAUUUUGGUCGGCAAAUCCAAAAGAUAGGACGAGAAAAGUGCCUGCUACGUGAGAUAGACGAGGAAGCUCAAUACGGCCGACGGCGAUGCAUAGAAUGGCCGACGAACUCAAAACCUCAAGAAGGCGCGAACACCGGUGGAAACUGA